AUGGACCACAAGACUGAUUCUACACGUAGUGUUGCAUCCCUAACAACCCGAUGGGGAACAAUUAAUAGGGAAACAAUUAAAUUUGUUGGGUCCUUAGCUAAAAUUGAAACAAAGAAUGAAAGUGGAACCACGGCUCAUGACAAGGAUUAUCCAAAGUGGGCAUCUACUAUGCCUAGGGGAGAUUCAAGAAAAGAAAUGCCUCAAACUCCAGAUUUAAUAGAUCAAGGAGUGGGGGCUGAUGGCAUUAUGGAUUUCGAGAGGCCAAUAGGUAGAAAAGCUGAAAAGGCUAAUCGAAAGAGAAAAGAUGAUGGGAAAGAUAUUGCAACGGAAUAUUUGAAAAAGAAAAUGAAAGUUCUUGAAGAAGGUUGUGUAGCCGAAAAAGAGAGAUUUAUCUCCAUGGGUCGUUCUUUUUUUCCUAAAUUGCUUGAUGAUGACUCAGAUGAAGAUGAGAUAAUUAUAAAACUUCUCACGGGUUCGACACCACAACGUAAGCAUCGUCAGUAUAUCGAACGUAAUCAUUUGGCAGGUCAUAGAAGGCUUUAUGAUGACUACUUUGCCGAAGAACCUGUAUAUCCUCCCAACUUAUUUCGAAGGAGAUUUCGAAUGAGACGUUCUCUUUUUCUCCGAAUCUUAUCUAGGGUAGAAGCUCAUGAACCUUACUUUACCCAAAAAAGAAAUGCUGCCAAAAAGCUUGGUCUAUCUCCCCUUCAAAAGAUGGCCGCUGCACUUAGGAUGCUUGCUUAUGGAGUAGCGGCUAAUUUUAUGGAUGAAUAUGUGAGAAUAGCAGAAACCACUGCAAUAACUAGUUUGAAAAAAUUUGUUGCAACAGUGGUUGCUAUUUUUUCAGAGGAAUACUUGAGGUCACCAAACAAUGAAGACAUCGCUAGAUUGUUAGCCCAUGACCAAAACCGUGGAUUUCCUGCACAAGGACGUGCUCCUACAGCUCAUUACUCAAUUAAUGGUGAUGAUUACACAAUGGGAUACUAUCUUGCCGAUGACAUAUAUCUACAAUGGUCAACAUUUGUGAAGACAAUCCCAAGGCCACUAGGAGCAAAAAGAAAAUUAUUUGCAAAAGCUCAGGAGGCAUAUAGGAAGGAUGUAGAGCGUGCAUUUGGAGUGCUUCAAGCACGAUUUGCUAUUGUACGUGGACUUGCACGGUUUUUCUAUCAUGAAACACUACAAGACAUUAUGAAAGCAUGCAUAAUUAUUCAUAACAUGAUUAUUGAAGAUGAGCGAGAUGAAGCUGAAGCAGUGGACUUAGAUUAUGAACAAAUUGAUAAGAUUUCAUGUACACCAAUGUCACGUGAGCCAACAAAUGAAUUUACGGAAUUCAUUCAAGUUCAUCAAUGCAUUAGGGAUCGAGAAGUUCAUUCUCAACUCCAAAUGAAUCUCGUUGAACAUUUAUGGCAAUUACAAGGAGAGUCAUGA